AUGGUUGGUCCAGCAUCACUAAGAACAAAAAAGGCCUUACUGACACGAUACUGCAAUAAUUUGUCUCGGGUAAUCGAGAGAAUCGAUUCUGCUCACACCGCCGCGCAAGCUAGUAGCGAUGACGCAACAUCUCCUCCACGCAUCAAAGCAUCGCUGUUUGAACUCGACGCCACGGCAAAGCUAGCGGCAGAUGCCUUGAAUGCUUUCACGGCAGCGCUGGACGAGAUCGAUGAACUACCCGAAGAACAAGACAAGCAGGCGAACGACUACAUUGACUCAUCGCUUUCGUUGAUUGAGCGCGCUCGUCUGAUGGCGAUUGAACUCGACGCAAAAAACAUUGGGGACCGGGAGGAAAAUGACGAGAGAGGAUGGACAGAGAUGAUGAGACCAAAACUUCCGCCAAUACCCAUACCCAUAUUUACGGGAAAGCUUCAGGAAUACACCAACUUUUGGACACUUUUCGAAUCCAACGUCGACAGACAACCACUCACCAAUCUACAGAAGUUUAACUAUUUAUUAACCGCUUUGCGAGGAGAACCCCGAGAACUGAUUAAACGAUAUCCAAUAACCGAAGCCAACUAUACGCACGCCAUUCAACUUUUGAGGGACAAGUAUGGGGACGAAUCUAAGCUCAUCGCGGACUUACAAUCGCGCCUUGAAAUGACGAAGGCAGACAACAAAUCUAUCUACGCUCAACGUCGCCUUCUCGAACAAAUUCUUCCCAUAGUAACUCAGUUGGAAGAGUUGGGAAUAACACUGAAUGGCUCGUAUCCUACAAAGAAGCUUCUCUCCAAGUUUUCUUACACAUUGCAGCGUCAAGUUCUGGAACGCUGCCUCUUGCAAAAUAAGAAAGAAACCGAUUGGAUUAUGCGGGAUGUGCUCUCUGAGCUGGACGAUCUGAUAACCACACAAGAACAGAUCAGUGAAAUGAUCGAUAGCAUUCCCAACAAGUGUGAUGAUCGCAGCAGAGAUUCUCAUAACAACAACAGAUCGAAGAAAUUCCUCAUGAAGAAUGCGACGACAAAGCCUGACCCGAAUGCAUGUAUGUUUUGCGGAUCAACGCAACACAAAUCAGCUGAUUGCACAAGGAUUCCAAGCAUCCACCAGCGACGUACUUAUAUGCAACAACAUAGGAGAUGCCUCAACUGUGGGAAAGAAGGCCACUUUGUGAAAGACUGCACAAGUAAAGGAUGCAGGUAUUGCACGGGGAUGAAGCAUCAUCAUACCCUCUGCCCCCAGAGGCACAACUUGGGAGAGACCACAGACCAAACCCCACCAAGGGCAAGGACAAACACUAAUACUCCACAGAACAGACCGCCGGUACCCAAUGUACCUCGGAAUACGAAACGACAUGUGAAAACUGCGGUAGCGACGGCACAACCAGUGCAGACUACCGACAGCAGCGCGACCUACCCGGACAUAACGGAUACUGCGCAGCACUCACCGCAAGAUACAUCUAUCCUUCAGAAUAGUACGGUAGACGCCCUGGACAAUAAGGACAAAGAAAACAUUUCCGAAGCAGUCAACGCUCAAAUGAAACAUCUCGAACUUUGCACGGAUAUUCAAAGUGCAGUUACUGACGCUGAUUAUAUCAUUGAAGCUGUCGUGGAGAAAAAAGAAGUCAAGCAUAAGAUCUUUCUAGAAGCUCAGAAAUAUUGUCCACAAGAUGCCCUUCUAAUUACGAACACAUCAUCGAUACGUCUAAUCGAUCUACUUCCAUCCAUUCAAGAUCAUUCCCGAUUCGCCGGUUUACAUUUCUUCAAUCCGGUGCCAGUGAUGAAACUUGUAGAGGUGGUCCGAUCACCGGAUACUUCGGAAGAAACACAUGCGAAACUGCUAGAGUUCUGUAAAAAACUUGGCAAGCGGCCAGUUUCUUGCAAUGAUACCCCAGGCUUUAUUGUGAAUCGGUUGCUUGUGCCGUACCUUAUCGACAGUAUACGAAUGCUCGAGCGCGGAGAUGCCACCAAAGAGGAUAUAGAUGCAGCCAUGUGCCACGGUACAGCAUGCCCAAUGGGACCACUAUCUCUCUGCGAUUACGUGGGUCUCGACACGAUUGCGAACGUGAUGCAGGUAUGGCGUGAAUCGAUGCCCGACGACACACGGUUUGCUCCGAUUCCAUUGCUGGAGAAACUUGUUUCUGAGGGGAAACUCGGCCGAAAAACUAGACAGGGAUUUUACACGUAUUGA